CACUACUACAGUACUAGUCUGCAAAUUCAGCCGUCACGCUCGAGCCGAAUAAAUAAUCGUAUCGAAUCGAGGCUGAUAAAGGCAGUUUCUCCAUCAGGCACCAUGAGCAAGUGGCCGAAAGUAGUUUUGUUUGGUGACUCCAUAACACAGCGUUCCUUUGAGCUAGGAGGAUGGGGUGCAUCGAUAGCUGAUCAACUUCAGAGAAAAUGUGAUAUCAUUUGUAGAGGAAUCUCUGGCUACAAUACUAAAAUGGCACGUACUGGCAUUCAGUACAUUCUUCCGCAUGAAUUGCUGCAAAAUGUUGCCAUGGCAACUGUAUUCUUUGGUGCGAAUGAUGCAUGUUUACUAGAACUGCAGCCAGAUAAGCAUGUGCCUGUGGAAGACUAUACAGUAAAUAUAAAGGCAAUCGUGAACUAUCUUGAGAGUAAUGGCAUCCGCAAGGAGAAGAUACUCCUGAUCACACCUCCUCCUAUAGAUGAAGCAUUGUGGGGUGCAGGCUGUAAAGAAAAAGGUACAGCUCUGAAUAGGACAUUAAAGAACUCAGGGAUUUAUGCCAAAGCUUGUGUGACCCUAGCUCAGGACUUAGAUGUGAAGGUCAUUGAUAUAUGGACUGCAAUGCAGAAAGAAGAGAACUGGGGUCCACGAUUCCUUUCGGAUGGUCUUCAUCUCUCAGCGGAUGGAGCUGGUUUCCUCUACAAGCAGCUCUCUGGUUUUGUAGAAGACUGUACCUCCUCUCUAUCUGAGCAGUUCCCUGACUGGAGUGAAGUAGAUUAUGCUAAUCCAGAGAAGAGCUUCCAGCAGAGUUGACGAUGCGGUGCUCCCCCAUGUUUUAUUUUCUCUCCUCAACAAUGCCAUUGACGGAGGCCAUUAGAUCAACUGAAAUCUUAUACUAAUUACUGUGUAUCCCUCUCUGAAAUUUUCUUGUCUACAAAUUGGUCAUGAGCGAACAUAGAAGAGCUAUCCCUCAACUAUUUUAAAAAUAUUUGUGACAGCAAAGUAAGAUAUAUAUAUAUAUAUAUAUAUAUAUAUAUAUAUAUAUAUAUAUUUUUGAAACUAUACUCCCCAUUUCCUUGGCAACAUAUUCAGUGGACAGCCAUGCUCUGGCUAUUCCACAUAAUAACUCAAAGAGGCACUGGCUGAGAUGUAGGUUCUUACUUUCUUGUAUGAUAGUCUAUACAUGAGAUAACUUGUAUUUCAUUAUUAAAUCUAUUUAGAGUUUUGUGACAAUAUUUGUUGCUAAAAGCAGUCUAUGAAUGUCUCAAAUACCAUUUGUGUGUCUUUCAACUUUUUUUUUAAAGCUCUUGUUUUAAAAAGAAAAUUAAUCUUUGUAUUCAUAGUGAUCUUUUUCAUUUUGCCAAUUUAAUACCAAGCACUUGGCUUGUCCAUUUCAUGUGAAGAUAACAAGAUACCACUUUAUUGAAGUAUGUACCAUGGUAUGUUACAGUCCUUAUCAGAAUUCAAAAGAGCACUAAUUGUGGCUUAUAGAUUGAAACUCUAUUGUAAAAAUGUUUAAAGUAUACCGAUCACCCAAAAAACAUAUUUUGUUCUGUAUAUUAGUAGUUCCCUGUCAUAAUACUAUGUUCAAAAUAUUAGUUUCUAACCUAACUUCUGUAAAAAGAUUUCACAAGUUUGAAGUCUCAAUUAACAUUAAAGCAACAAGUGAGGGUAACAAGUGAAUAAAAUAGGACCCACGCGGUGCACAAUUGUGUUAUUCUUUAUUUUCUUCAUCUGGUACUCCUUAUCCGUUGGCCCAUAGAAAGCCAUGUGAAGUUAUUUGAGGUUGAUUUUAUACAUUCUAGCUGUGCACAAAAUAUUUUUUCUAAUUCACAGCGUUUUGAAGUGUUAAAUGAAGUAAUAAAAUCUGCAAGACCAAAGCUUUUGUUCUUUUUUGGAUAGCAUCACAUUCUGUGCAGCUUCAUGGAAUAAUAAAUGGUGUGAAAGAACAAGGCAGUAUUGCAUCCUGUCUGGCCCUAGAGAAAUUCAAUCUGGCUCUAUAGCAAUUUAG